AUGGCGCACGGGCACGGGCCGGGGCGCGGGCCGUGCUGCUGCUGCGGGGCGGCCGAGGGCGGCGGCGGCGGCGCGGCCUGGGGGCUCUACCUGCGCAUCGACCGGCAGCGGCUGCAGUGCCUCAACGAGCGGCGCGAGGGCAGCGGCGCCCUCGUCUUCCGCGCCUGGGAGCAGCGCGGCGACCGCGCGCAGUUCGUGGAAAGCGACGACGACGAGGAGCUGCUCUUCAACGUGCCGUUCACCGGCAACGUGAAGCUGAAGGCGGUGAUGGUGCUGGGCGGCGAGGGCGGCACGCACCCCGCCGAGCUGCGCCUCUUCAAGAACGUUCCUCACAUGUCCUUCGACGACGCGGCCCGGGAGCCGGAGCAGACGUUCGCGCUGAGCCGGGAUCUCACGGGAGAGCUGGAGUAUCCCACCAAAAUUGCCCGUUUCUCGAAUGUUUACCAUCUCUCGAUGCACUUUCCCAAGAACUUUGGAGCUGAGACAACAAAGAUUUUCUAUAUAGGUCUGAAAGGAGAGUGGACAGAGGCCCGGCGCCACGAAGUGACCAUCUGCAGCUACGAAGCGUCCGCCAACCCCGCCGACCACAAGCUGGAGCAGAUCACGCCCCAGACGCACUUCAUUUCCUAGCGCUGCCCUGCGCGCC